AUGAGUUCGGCUUAUUACCCUCAGACGGACGGUCAAUUAGAAAGAACGAUCCAAACAUUAGAAGAUUUGUUGAGAACGUGCGUUUUGGAUCACCUAGGAGUUUGGGAUGAUGUAUUAUCUUUGGUAGAAUUUACUUACAAUAAUAGUUUUCAAUCCAGCAUUGAUAUGGCUCCAUUUAAAGCAUUGUAUGGAAGGAAGUGUAGGACUCCUCUUUGUUGGUUUAAAGAUGGAGAAACGGUGUUGACUGGUCCAGAAUUGGUGCAACAAACAACUGAGAAGGUGAGAUUGAUUCAAGAAAGACUAAAAGCAGCUCAGAGCAGACAAAAGUCGUAUGCCGAUCAUCGAAGGAGGCCAUUGGAGUUUGCUGUUGGAGAUAACGUAUUUCUUAGAUUAAAUCGUACUACUGGUGUGGGAAGAGUCGUUCGGCCUAAGAAGUUGUCUCCUAAGUUUAUUGGUCCUUAUCAAGUCCUGAGACAUAUUGGGCCAGUUGCUUAUGAGAUAGCUCUACCCCCUCAACUAGCCAAUCUUCACUUAGUAUUUCAUGUUUCACAACUAAGAAAAUAUGUGCCGGAUCCCUCUCACGUUUUGGAGAUAGAAGAUAUUCAAGUUAGAGAAGACCGUUCGGUGGAGAUGCAGCUAGUCAACAUUGUCGAGGGCAUAACAAAGACGCUUAGAGGAAAAUCUAUCAGAUUAGUCAAGGUGGUAUGGGACAAGAGGACAGGUGACUCUACUUGGGAGCGUGAUGAAGUCAUGAAGGAGUUAUAUCCUCACCUGUUCUCUAAUCUGACUCACUCCCUCGCUCACCCUCCCUCGCUCCCUCGCUCUCCCUCCUUUCCUUCUUCCUCCAGAUCUGACUCCCUCCCUCCCUCUCCCUCCCUCGCUUUCUUGCUCCGUCACUCUCUCAGUCCCUCGCUCCCUCGCUCCGUCACUCUCUCAGUCCCUCGCUCCCUCGCUCCGUCACUCUCUCAGUCCCUCGCUCCCUCGCCCUCGCUCCCUCGCCCUCGCUCCGUCGCUCCCUCGCCCUCGCUCCCUCGCCCUCGCUCCCUCGCUCCUCGCUCUCGCGAUCUCGCUCCGUCGCUCUCGCUUCCAUUGCUCCGUCACUCUUGCUUCCCUUAA